UUCCCAUUUGGCUCUGCAUACUGCAUAGAGGUACACAUUAUUGACUUAUCACAACCUGUUCCCCUUCAGUGCACAUCUUCUUCACCUUGUAGCAUAUUUUGCUUCAAUGGCAUCCAAAAGAAUUCUGAAGGAGCUCAAGGACUUGCAAAGAGACCCCCCAUCUUCUUGCAGUGCAGGUCCUGUGGGUGAGGACAUGUUUCAUUGGCAAGCAACAAUAAUUGGCCCAAACGAUAGUCCUUUUGCUGGUGGAGUCUUCCUUGUGACCAUCCAUUUCCCACCUGACUAUCCUUUCAAGCCUCCAAAGGUUGCUUUCAAGACCAAGGUGUUCCACCCAAAUAUCAACAGCAAUGGGAAUAUAUGCUUGGACAUCCUUAAGGAGCAGUGGAGUCCUGCCCUUACAAUCUCCAAGGUACUGUUAUCCAUAUGCUCGUUGCUCACGGAUCCAAACCCCGAUGAUCCGCUCGUUCCGGAGAUCGCCCACAUGUGCAAGGCUGAUAAAGUUAAGUACGACUCGACGGCUCGCAGUUGGACCCAUAAGUAUGCGAUGGGUUGAAGUAGAUUUACAAGUGCAAGAUUUAAACUAAGACCCCAUCAUGUUCAUUAUACUACGACACAUUCAAUUCAUCGCCACCCUCCAUCCGAAGAACAUAUGUUGUCAAGAACUCCAAGCUUGUUGUCUGAGGUUGUGUUAAUUGUAAUUUGCGAAUCUCUGAAAUAAAAUUUGGCGUGGAGGCUGUUUCGAUUCUUGAACA